UCCCCUUCGCACAGUUGAUACGAGUUCUCCAGGAGCAGUGUGAAAUUAUGUUUUAGUUUCCCACCGUCUCUGCUCGGAGGGUUAUGCGGUGAUCCCGAUAGAAAGAGCUCACUCUCUACCGGUGACUCAGCCCUAAACACAAAGACUUUUCAUGUGCUUUUGUAUUUGUCUAUUAUUUCAUCAUUCAUGCGUUGUUUAUGACCUGGAACUGACAUUGGUAAACACUCCGGAUCUCUGCUGUCGGCAGAGAGGUAUUCUGCUCAUCGGAUGGCCCUGUUGCACUUGUCUCGAUUCAGCGUCAGCGAAAUCAUGAAAAAUGCAAUGGUACCAGCAAGCUCAUUGUCCACUGAGAAGUAAACAGGAACACCCACUGUCGCCAUCGGUCAUUGGAGCUGUGGACUCUUCCGUGUUGUAGCUUGUAUCACAACAAAAGGAAGUGUAAUCGCCUUUCAGGAGUGAGAGAUGAUGGAUGCUCUGGACUCUUUGCAAGGCUCAUCUUCUCUGGAUUCCAAAGCUGAACGUAUCGCACGCUACAAGGCAGAGAGAAGGCGGAAGCUGGCUGAGCGGUAUGCCAACCUAGAGGAAAGUUCAUCCAAGCACACAGAGAGACAUUGGGAAACAACAGACACAUCAGAUGCAGUGCCAAUCUCUGAGCAGAAGAACUCCGAUGUUUCCUCUGAACUAAACCUUAUGUCCGAUGAAGACGGUGGUGCUUUGAGUGAGAAAGGAGAAGGGAACAAUUAUGAGGGAAAGUCCAAAACGGACUCCACAAUGAACUCCAAGAUCUCCAUUGCUCACAGUAAUGAGAACAAGCAAGUGACAAGAUCACACCAACAGCACAGUCCAUUGGAAGCAGAGGAAGCCCAGAAGCCAAAUGAUGACAGGAAAGCAGAUGACGAUGCCAAAACCUGUGUGCCUGCCAAGACGUCGCUUUCAAAAGGGUUGGAGAAGGCCGACAUCUCGCCCACCCCAAAUAACCAUGCAGAAGACAUUACCCACAAUGGCGAACAACAAAAAGACCAAAUCAACAAGGAGAACAGGAAAGUUUCCACCAGUCAUUCCCAGUUCUCCUUAUCAGAUGAAGGUGAGAAAAGUUCUGAAGAAAGCAUGAAUGUGAGACAUGAUAAAGAGAAGAUCUCCCUCUCUCAGACCUUCACUGCAGGAGAGGAGGAUGUGGAGAAAGGGAAGGAAGAUGAGAAGGUCAAACAGAUUAAUCAGAGAUUGAGAGAGAAACAGCAUUCUGCGAGCUCCCAAGAGAAGAUGGAUGAAGAGCUGAAGGCCCCCACUUCAGACCUGCAGAGACAAGACUCAUCUCAGCGCAGCAUUAAAGGCAUUCUGAAGAAGAGCCGCUCCACUAGCCUGGACGCAGAACCUGCCGAGCUGGAGAAAAACAUUAAUAUUGCUACCAAAACCAGCAAGGAGCUGAUUGCUGUUGAUGCAAAUGAGGAGGAAGGGGAUGAUGAUACUGUGGAGAGGAGGCUGCAGAGAGAGGAAAGCAGCUCGAGUGAGACUCCUCGCACUCCUUCCCCAGAUUCUGUGGACAAAACCCCCUCCAUCUCUCAGUCUGAAGAGGGGGACGAGCUAGACAGCUUAGAUGGGAGCAUGAGCUCAUCUCUCAAAGAGAGACUGGCAGAGUUGAAGGGUGGUGAUGGUGACUGGCAGAGCAAGCUGAAGAAGAAUAAAGCCACCAAUGUGUUACAGACAUCCCUGUCUGACCGCUACUCCCAGCUGCAGGAAAGAGAGAAUGCCUGGAAGAAGAAGAAAUCUUCUGCUGAUGUAGAACUGAAGAUGUCGCUGGUUGAGCGGAUGAAGAUCUUGCAGGAGAAGGAGGAACAAUGGAAGACUAAAGGCAAAGGAGCUUCUAAUGACUCCACCCAGUUCUCUGUGGCUGGACGAAUGGCUAAAAGAGGCUUGGUGUCACCUAACAGAGAGGAUGCCCCCAUCAUCCUCAGCAAGAAGGCCACCAUUAGCACACCAGUCAAACCAUUGGAAGAAAUCUCCACCUGUCCUGACGCUGAGGGAGAUAAAAGACUUGACAAAUUGGAGUCCUUCUUGGACAGACUUCAUAAUAAAUGCAUUCCAGGAACUAAAAACUCCACGAUUGAGGUGACUGAGGAGAAAGAGAAAGAGGUGAUGACCCUGGAUGAUGAGGAGACAUUUGGGCGGUUCUACAGUUGCAUAUCACCAACUAUCCUGAGCUCCAGUCUCCUGCUGGACGUGGAAGAGGACUUCAGCACUAUUCAGACAGACACGCCGAAACUUACAUCAACAGUUGAGGAACACAAGCGUGCAGUGCGGCCUUCCAGAAAAACGAAAGGCUCAAAGAACCCUCUCCGUGCCUUGGCAGCUCGAGACGACCUCAGACAGACUUACACUGAGCAGAGACUCAACGUGGCAUCCGUGGAAACCAAAAGGAUACAAAUGGAGCGAAUGGCAAAGCACUCUAAUCUGGCUGACGCGGCUCUGGCAGGUCUGGCUAGCAAGGAGAACUUUAGGAAAGUCAACCUAAGGAGUGUGAAGUCUACAGAGGUGGUGACCAACAACAGCGCUGUGCCUUUCCACAAGCUUAUGCUCAUCCUCAUUAAAGGACGCAGGCAUGUUCAGGUGCGUCUGGUUGAACCCACAGCCCGCUCUCUGAACAGUGGAGACUGUUAUCUGCUCAUAACACCCAAACACUGCUUCUUCUGGAGUGGGGAGUUUGCCAAUGUCAUCGAAAAAGCCAAGGGCUCAGAGAUGGCCCAGUAUGUCCAGACUAAGAGAGAUCUGGGCUGCAAGGCUCCUCAGGUCACGCUGCUGGAGGAAGGUAUCAACACUGAGAACCGUUCAGCCAAAGAGUUCUGGAGUCUGCUGGGAGGAAAGACUGAGUACAGAGGAGCAGGAGAGCCGGAGGAAGAUGAACUUUACGAGAGUGGUAUAGUGGAGUCAAACUGUGUCUACAGGCUGGUGGAGGAUAAGCUGCUUCCUUACGAGGAGGCCUGGGCAUCUAUACCCAGCGUCUCUCUGCUUAACUCUAAGGAGGCUCUGGUGUUUGACUUUGGCAGCGAGGUGUACGUGUGGACAGGCAAGGAUGUUCCUCUGAGUGACAGGAAGGUGGCAGUGCAGCUGGGCAAACAGCUCUGGAGUGGAGCAUAUGACUACAGCACUUGCAGGGUCAACCCUAUUGAUCCCUCCUCAUCCAGUAAAGACACCCCAAAACAAGGUGAGGGCAGACCGAGUUGGGCCCUGUUUGGACGUUUGUCAGAACACAAUGAGACCGCCUUGUUCAGAGAGAAGUUUCUAGACUGGGUGGAGAGGAAACCCAUCAAAGAGGAGCCGGUGGUGGAGGAGCUGAAGAGUCCAGUGUCUCAGCACCUUCCCACAUGUGACUCUGACCUGAAGCCCUGUGAUGUGAGUAAGAUGUUGGCGGGUGGGGCAGGUCCUAUGAAGAUGGUACUGGAGGGUGUGGAUGUGCAGAGAGGUCAUGGAUUGGUCCGUUCUGAGGACGGGCGGCAAGCUGAGCUGGCCACAAUAGCUGUGGACGCAUGGCAUAUCCGUGAGUUUGACGAUUUUGAGAUCCCUCAGGAGAGCGUGGGGCAACUGCACGAGGGGGACACAUACGUCAUCCGUUGGAAAUACUCCAUCACUAAUGUUGUUGGUAAGAGGCUAAAGCCUGGUGAAGUGAGCACAGCUGGCCCUGGCAGGGAGCGCACUGCAUGUUUCUUCUGGCAGGGGCGUCACUCCAGUGUCAGUGGGCGGGGCACAUCUGCCCUGAUGACUGUAGAGCUAGGCAACCACAGGGGGGCACAAGUGCUGGUAACGCAGGGAAAAGAGCCGCCCUGCUUCCUCCAACUCUUCCAGGGAGGGCUAAUCAUCCAUCGAGGCUCAAGGGAGGAUAGCUCCAGCAACGCAGGAGAAUGGCAUUUGUUUUGUGUGCGUGGAGAGGCAGCGGAGGAGGGCUCACUGGUUGAAGUGGAGUGCUGUUGUGCCAGUCUGCGUUCUCGUGCCAGUUUGGUGCUGCUGGGGGUACAGGCAGGGCAGCUGUACCUGUGGCAUGGCUGUAAGUCUCACCCCGGUGCCCGACAGGUUGGCAAGAGGACCGUGGAGCACCUAAAUCAAUCGUGUCCUCGUGAGCUGGGUUUAAACAGUAACAGCAGUUUGAAGGUGCAUGAGAUAGAGGAGGGAACUGAGCCAAAGGAAUUCUGGGAUGCUCUUGGCAAACAAGACAGGAAAGCCUAUGACUGCAUGCUACAAGAUCCAGGGAAGUAUAAUUUCACCCCACGUCUUUUCGGUCUGAGUGCCAGCGGUGGGACUUUUCAGGGAGAGGAGCAGUUCGGCCCCACCCAAGUGACAGGUGCUGUCAUGGCAAUGCCGUUCCUGCAGGAGAACUUGUAUUUGGCCCCUCAGCCUGCUCUGUUCUUGGUGGAUAACAGGAUGGAAGUGUACCUGUGGCAAGGACAGCAGUCAGAAGAUACAGACUGUACUGGCUCAGCCAAGAUCCGCUGGGACAGUGAGAGGAAGUGUGCCAUGGAGACAGUGCUACAGUAUUGCCAAGGGAAGAACUCCAGACGGCCUCCUCAGGCUUACCUGAUCCUGGCUGGAGCAGAACCACUCACCUUUACCAACAUCUUCCCUUAUUGGGAGAAAGACCCACAUAUUAAAGUACAGGUAGAGGGACCCCGUAAUAAAGUGAUCCUGGUUAAAGAUGCUCUGUCGAAACUCAGCAGACAACAGUACACCCCAGAGGAGCUCACCUCCAAACCCCUGCCAGAGGGAGUAGAUCCUCUGCACCUCGAGUACUACCUGUCUGAUAAAGACUUCCAGAGUGUUUUGGAGAUGACACGGGAUGAAUUUCAUGCUCUCCCAAACUGGAAACAGCUUAAUCUGAAAAAGAGUAAAGGCCUCUUCUAAGCAAGAAGAACUCUUGCAUCUGCAAUCUGUAUAUUCACUUCCAGUAAUCAUGUACUAACGAAUUGUGUAUUUUCCCUGUACUUUUUAAACAAACCUUUUUUUUAUAUAUUUCAAUGUCAAUAUCAUAUUUAUAACACUAAUAUGUACAGUUACCUUUUGCCAUAGCAAUUUCCUGCUUUAUACUUUAGUAGCCUUUGGAUAAACAAAUGAUUAAAGUAUGCAGAAGUGUUGAGUUUGGGAAUAACAUGAACAAUAUAGAAGAAAAAAGGAAAUCGGUAUGUCGGUAAGCUUGAAUUAUAAAUCUGUAUUUUUUUAAAUUGUUUUAACCCUGUUGCUGUCGAACUAUGACCUUGUAAUGCUUUAAACACUAAUUAUGAAACUUCAUGAAACUAUCAAAACAAAUGGAGGCCUUUCACUUUGUCCACAGAGCUAUGUUAUUGCAAGAUUUUCCAUGGAAAGUGAAUUGCUCUUUAAGUGAUCAUUUGUGUACAUAUUAAAGUGCACUGCUGUAACUGGCAGUACAUCAUAUAAAUGAUAUACAGUGUGAUGUGAUUCUGAUCUCUUUAGUGUGGCUAUACAGUAAGAGCUGUCAACAAUAUUACAAAUAACAUAUGAAUGUGUAUGUAUGUAUGCGUGGGUAUUUUCAGAGAUAUGAAUGUGUAUUGUUUGUCCCAUAGUAAUGUGCUGCCAGAACAUUAGCAUUUCUUGGUUGAAAGUAAAUUCGUGCCAUUCAGUCUUAAACCACUAGAUGUCAGUCUGUCUUUUCUGCAGUCUGUGGUGAAAUAAUGCAACAAAUAUUUACCAGAACAAGUCCUUCAUAUGGGUCACCCAGUAUUUCAUCCUCAAUGUAUUUUGAAGAUGUUAUUAUAACUACAACGUUGUAAUGAUUCUAAAAACAUUUUCUGUAAAGCAAAUGUGUUAUUUGUGUCAUGUCUUUGGAUGUUUUUAAUUUUGAAGAGGCAAAGGCAUCUUUAGGACACCAUUCAAAACUUUUUUUAUUUUUAUCUACUGAUUUUUAAAAAGCACCUCUAAAACCACCAUUGCUCCCCAGUUCCUGUGUUUUAAGAUAAGUUUGCUUUUGGGUGUUGUACCAAUGGCAGAGUAUUGCGGACCUGGAGGAAAUGCACAAGUGAAGUGGCAAAUCAGAGGUAUGUAAAAUCACCACUGGAUCUUUACUGGAAUAUUGGUUGACAAAUUAGAGAAGAAAAAAUAAUAACCACACACUGCUGAUGUAAGACAGUACUGAUCAAAUCUAGCCUUAUUAGGGGAAGAUUUGAUUAUUUCUACCUAGUUAAUAGAUAAUAUGUGGAGUAUUGAAAUGUGAGAGACCCAAGACUUUUUUAAUAGCUUGAAAAAUAUCCAUUUGAUACUUAAUGACUUUUCAUAAUCAAAUGAGAACUGAUUAUGAACAAAGUUUCAAACCUGAUAGCACACUUGAAAUGUCCUCCAUGAAAAAUGCUCAAAAAACUCUGGCAGUCCUGCUAUUUAGAUUUAUUAAAAUGUUCUACAAUGUGUUUCACUGGGGGUCAAAUUGACCCCAAACUGACACAAAGUUACUAGAAUGGAUGCCAGUCACAUUUCUGAAAAGUGCAUGUCUACAUUGUGAUAACACAGAGGGAUAAAGCUUUAAUAAUAUCUGCCUAAUGGUUUGAAUUUGGUCAGAGGCACAUAUUCAAUCAUUUUAAAGGGAAAAUAAGAGGUUAACGGUGAAAGUUCUAAUAUUACUAUUAUUAUUUCUAUAUGUAUAGCAUUGGGUUCUGUGGGACCCCAUUAAAACAGUUUAGUCUAUCUCAACAGAAUGUGAGGGUUAAGAAUGUAAAGAGUAAUGUCAGUUAUUAUGUUGUGCCCAAGUAAAGAAUUGAUGUCAAUAGCAGCACUGCCUUGCGGCCUCCGCUCAUAAAAUGUCACAGCCUUUUCACACACACAUUGAAUUAAUCACCACCACAGAUGGUAGAGUCUGUCUCUCAGAGAGCCAUCUUACAAGAUUACCGUAGUUUAAUUAUUUAAUUCAGAGCGUUAUAGAAGCACAUCUUCACAGGGGAAUUAAGAGAGUACUGUGGAUCUUUGUGACAUCAGCCGCAUUUGAUCUUUGUGACAAUACAAUGCCAAUUAAUCAAGGAAUGUGACAAAGUAUUUCUGUUUGUAUUUAUACUGUAUUACUCCCCUAAACUAAUGGCUUCACAAUGCUACAUUAAAAAAAGCACGAUAUUUGCCA